CCAUUGUUGCUCCCCCCCCUCGUCCAUCUUAAACAAGUUCUCUCGGCCGAAGGGUCGUCACUAAACCAUCGCAAAGAAAAGAACAUAAGGAAGGAAUCACUGAAGGAUCGUCAUCACAAUGCCCCUACCAGAAGCCUCACCCCUGAACAUCUAUCUCGGCAGUAACGCGCUAAUCUCCCUCUCGACGGCCUACUUCUACCUAACCUCGCCAGCACCCUCGAUCGUGAAACUCGGCGGCAAGCCCUCACCCACCUCCACAGUCCUAACCCAACUCCUAGCCUCGGGCGAAGCCUUGAUUUCUUACAUCUGCUUAGAGGGCCUAUUCUCCUCCAGUAGUGAGAUGCGCGCCAUGGUGGUACGCGGGGUGGGCAUCUACACGCUCAUCCACAUGGGCACAUUUUGGUGGGGUCACAAGAAGCACGUCAAGAAUCCCAAGGGCGCCGGCACGUUCGUGGGCGGACUGGUGUUGGGCGCUGGGGUGGGUGUUUGGUGGGGAGUUCUGAGGAGGGAGGGGUUGCCGGCGUUUAUGUAGAUAGGGAUGGGGAAUUGCAGGGGGGGAGGGAGAUUAUGGGGUAUUCCAUGGGCUUAAUGGUGAUGAUGGUGGUGUGUUGUAUUAUCGUGACAAUUGUAUUCGAUGUUUUGGCUUGUUGUUUAAAAGUCUUUUGUAGGGUAUGAUAUAACGUUACUUGUUUAGUGCCCACCCGACGGGCUGCGGGGAAAACACUUUUUUUCUUCCUUCCCCUUCUUCGACUACCGGUAUGAUACCAACUUCCACCCCGCCACCGCGGUCCUUCGGUGGAUGGAUGUGUUAUCUACCACACUUUACCGGGCAUGCUUUUCUUUUCUUUUUCCCCCACUCCUAUCACGGGAAAAAGGAUCAAGUAUUUCUACGGCGUUGGACAUAAUAAUUACGGUAGCUCUUCUUCUUGGUUAUUCCUUUUUAUACCGGGAUCAGGUCUGUGAAUGGCGCAUUUGAUUGGGCUGGAGGUUCUGUAUGUAUCGGUUUU